AUGACUAUAUCAAACUCAGAUACUGAUGAGCUUACAUCUGCAUCAGAGUCUUCAACAUCUGCAUCUUUAUCUUCAACUGUAAACUCUUCUUUUUCUACCAGUAUUUCUAGUAAUUUAAAUUCUUCAAAUAAUUCAAAUGGAUUAGUAAAUAGUCAAAAUAUUUAUAAUAAUAAUAAUAAUAAUAAUAAUAAUAAUAAUAAUAAUAAUAAUAAUAAUAAUAAUAAUAAUAAUAAUAAUAAUAAUAAUAAUAAUAAUAAUAAUAAUAAUAAUAAUAAUAAUAAUAAUAAUAAUAAUAAUAAUAUACCAGUUAUAACAACCACCACUACAACAACAACAACAACCACAAAAAUAAAUACCAAUUUAAUUUCAAAUAUAAAUUUAACGCCUUUCCAAAAUAAACAAACACCACCUCCAUCACCAAGAUCAAUACAAGGUCCAACGAUAUCACCAAGGACAUUAUCAAUUAUAAAUAAUAAUAUCAAUAAUAAUAAUAAUAAUAAUAAUAAUAAUAGUAAUAAUAAUAACAAUAAUAAUAAUAAUAAUAAUAAUAAUAAUAAUAAUAAUAAUAAUAAUAAUAAUAAUAAUAAUAAUAAUAAUAAUAAUAAUAAUAAAAGAAAUAGUGGAGGUAGUAAUUUAAGUACAAAUAAUAGCGCAAGUAAUAGUAAAAGGAAUAGUAAAAAUUCUACAUCAAUGAUGAUGAUGAUGAAUGAAGAAGAUUAUAUAGAUUUUAAUAUAAAUUUAACAAAUAAAUUUAAGAAUGAAUUGAAUGGUGGAACUAGUAGUGGAAGAUCAUCAUACAGUGAGGAGGAUGAUGAUAGAUCAAGUAAUUAUGAUGGAGGUUGUGGCUCAACUACAUCAAAAUCCAAUAGAUCAUCGAUAGGACAUAGCGAAACAUUGUUAGGAAUAUCAAGAAGUGAUAGUAGUAGUAGUAGUGGUGGUUUCAAUAGUAGAUCGAGUACAAUUGAUGGUGAAAAUCAAGCACUAACCAAUUCAAAUUCAGUAUUAUUAAGAGUUAAAUUUCCAGAAUCACAUCAAAUCAUCACGAAAAUCCUAAGAUUACCAUUAGCAUCGACAAUUAAAGAAUGCCUCUAUAGAAUUCAUCAAAUGGUAGGAUUGGAUAAUUAUAAACAAUGUUCAAUUUGUUAUAAUCAAUCAACGCUUUCGCCAACUACAUUGUUAUCAACAUUGUUUAGUGGUGAUGAUUCAGUGGUACCAACAAUUGAAAUUAAAGUGACCAGUGGUAGUAAUAAAUCAUCACCUCGUCCAAUUUUAGCUCACACUUCAUCUGUACAGUCAUUGAUUCAAGGUGUUUCAAUUAAAAAGAAAGCAUUAUCCAAUGGUCAAUCACCAAAGGAUACAAUGUUAUUUCAACCACCACAUCCAUCCUAUACAAAAGAUUUGGAUGGUUUAUUUUGGGCAACUUCUCCUAAUCAUCCAAAUAAAUCAAUUCCCUGUCUCUAUCAUAAAUGGAAGAGUAGAGAUGGUAAAUUCGAUUCAAAGUUAACCAUACUCUAUAGUGGUGGAAAUUUGGAAGAUAUUGGUCUUACCAGAAAAUAUAUGAAAAUACUUUCAAACAUACUACAAGUUAAUAUAUUUUGUUAUGAUUCCACUGGUUAUGGUUUAAAUGCUGGUAAACCUUCAUUAAAAGAAUCUUUAGAAGAUAUUUUUAUCAUUUUUAAUUAUUUAACAAAUUCUUUAAAAAUCAAUUCCAAAAAUAUAAUUUUAAUGGGUAAAUCAAUUGGUACAAUUUCAACAUUAAAAUUUGCGAGUGAAUUAUUUCCAAAAGUUUUAAAAGCAAAUAGUAGUGGUAAAUCAUCAACAGCAUCACCCAUUGAAUCAUGUAAACAGUAUAAAUCUGUGGGAGGUAUUAUAUUAUUAAAUUCAUUUGGACCUGGUGGUGUUAGUGAUAACAUUGUAAAUGUAUUAUUAUCGUUAGAUGCCUUUGAUCAUCUAAAGAGAGUUGAGAGGAUAACAUGUCCCGUCCUAUUGAUUCACUCUGAGGAUGAUCAAAUUGUAAAUGUAAAAUGCUCAAAGAAAUUAGCAAAACUUUUCAAUAACCUACAUAAAUUCACCAUGGUAAAAGAGGCUGGCCAUUGGAAUUUAGAGACUCAUUAUUUGGACGAUUAUGAAGAUGAUUUGAUAGAAUUUGUCAAACUGGUCUCACCUGAGCAAUUCGCCAAUAGAAAAGAAAGAGAUGAACCACCAAGUUAUUCAAUGUCUCCAAAUAAAAUCGUCGGUAGUUGGUUGGAUCGAUUAGAAUUAUCUCAAUACACUCAAAACUUUUUACAAUUUGGUUAUUUCGAUAUGGUUUCAAUUUCAACUCUAGACGAUGUUUCCCUUUUGGAAAUGAUUGGAAUCACUGAUCAAAAUCAUAUCUCAAUCUUUACAAAAGAAAUUCAAAAAAUAACAAACUCUCUAUACGGUAGUAUGGUUAGUACAUGUACAAACAUUAGUAAUGGUAGUAGUGGUAUCAAUUCAAGUACAAGUGGUAGUUCCCCAAGUUCUACAACUCCUUCAACUAGAAAUUCUGCAAAUUUAGAUGAUUUCACUACUACUACUUCUACUACUAAUAAUAAUAAUAAUAAUAAUAAUAAUAAUAAUAAUAAUAAUAAUAAUAAUAAUAAUAAUAAUAAUUGUGGUGAUUUGAUUACUGCAACUAUCAACCAAACAAAUUGUUGUUCUUUGGAUAAUUGUAAUAAUACUUCAACAACAUCUAAUAAUAAUUAA